CAGCAUCACACACACAAAGAUGGGCGAGGUGCUGCAUGCGCCACAGUCGAUGCCGACUGCGCCGCCCGCAUUUGGGCCGACGCCGACAUACCUAUGGACGAGCCAGGCGCGGCACUGGCGCUUCAGUCCGCGCCAGCUUGAGAAGCGGCGCCAGGAGGGCAACGAAGGCGCCCGCUUGCGGCUUGCCGAUGCCUGGGAGAGGGAGAGAGCCGCCGAGCCAGUCGAAGGGGAGCCGCCAUCCUCUUCCUCGUCGGAACCGAUCCAGUUCCUCCGCGUCGAGGACGAGGUCGCGCUGGUCACCUACUACCUCACCCGCGUCAGGGGCGUCAUCAAGGCCUUUGACAUGCCCGAGCUCGUCGAGGCGACAGCGAUCACAUACAUCAAGCGCUUCUACCUCGUCAACACAUGCAUGGAUUGGCAUCCAAAAAACGUCAUGAUCACCUGUCUCUUUCUGGCCGCAAAGGCUGAGAACUGCCCCAUCUCACUCGCCAACUUUGCAACGAAGCUCGCGGGAAAGGAGCCGACGCAAAAGGCCAUCGAUGAGUACGUUGCGCUGGUGCGCGAGCAUGAGUUUAUGGUGUCGCAGAGCCUCUCGUUUGAGUACAUGGUCCACGGCGCCCAUCGGGCCCUGCAUGGUCUGUUUCUCGAUUUCCAACAGACGGUGUGCAGCGGAGAAGACCUCAAGGAUCUUUUGGCACCCGCGCAAUCAAACCUCCGCCUUUCUCGGCUCACCGACGCCGAACUGAUCUACACGCCGUCGCAGAUUGCAAUGGCCUGCGUCCGCGCGGCUUCGGACCAGGCAAAGGACCUCGUUGGCAAGUUCCUGGAUUUGAAGGAGAAGAGGGCCACGGAGGCUGUCCUCAAGGGCAAGGCGGCAAGGGAGGCGUGGAGGCAAAAGGAAAAGGAGAAACAGGAGAAGAGGCAGCAGCAGGGAGCAUCGAGCACAAUGAAGAAGCAGCAGGCGGGCAGCAAUGCGCAGGAUGCCAUCGAGGUUGACGGAGAGGGGAAGGCCAAAGAAGAGGGAAAAAAGGAGGCCCCGUCUGCGGCUGCCGUUGAGCUCGACGAUGAGGAAAUUAGGGCCAAACCGCUGGGUGCGACACGCUCGGAGAUCGAGCAGGUUCUUGAUGACAUCGAAGGCCUCUUCCGCGCCCGCGAAGCUCUUGAUGCCUCGGAAGAGAGGACCAGGGCUACGGAAAUCGACAAGCGUCUCAAGGCAUGUCACAACCCUGAAAAGACACCAGGUACGAGGCUUCACCAUCUCGGACUGGCGAGGGUCUCGUCGAACGCGGGCGUUUCAAAGAAGAGGAAGCUCAAAAAGGAGGAAAAAGACCCAUUUGACGACGAUGACGACGACGAGAAUCUGCCGGCGACGUUUGGACCCGAGGGGAAGAAGGCCAAAGUAGAAGUCUUGGAGGGCAAUUUAUUCAAGGAUGACAUUGAGAGGGGAAAGUCGGCAAAGUAGAAGGGGCUUGAUCCUCGAAUCUGUAUCAUAACAACACUCUGCUUACAAAAUCGAGUUGCGGCUUGUGAUGCCACGCCUCACCGGUG